GUCUCUGUCCAUGUAUAAGCGUGUGUGUGUGUGUUUGCAGGCAGGGGAAAAAAUCGCACCAUUUUUCUCGUGCUCUCUUGCGUGCGUUUUUUGGUCUUUCGAGGAUUGUUUCGUAGAAAAUCAGUUAAACACAAGCCCAGCUUAAUUUAUAAAAAGUAGUGAACUAAGUUGUUAUCCAGAAAUCGACGAGCGCACAGUAGCAAAUCGAGUUGCAAAUUUCAAUAUUCGGUCCGAACGUGUGUAACUGUGUCUGUGCGUGCGUGCGUGCGUGUGAGAGUGUAUGGGUGAAAAAUGAGGCGUAAUGAAAAUGCGUGCAAAACUGUAUAAAAGAUUGCUUUGAUUUCCACGAUCGUGAGCAUUAAAAGUUUAGGCGUGAUACUGACCGGUUAAAUUUCCCUUAAUUGAAAUUUAACUACAUAUUUAAACAGCAACAUAGUCCCUUUUGCCUAAAAUGUCAUCAAAAACUGGGAGGAAAAAUAUCAUAGCAACAAUCUGAAUGAAUUCGGAGAUUCAGAUCUGUUGUCACAAAAAUUGUUGGAUAAAAUGUGCGAAAGUGUGUUUGUCAAAUUGUUUAGCCAAAAUUAUUUGUUUACAUAGUUGUUCAGCGUAGCACGAGGCUGUUUUCCUUAAUUCUUAACAACAUAGAUACACUCGCCUUGGCUAAUUUACACCGGAACCUAAAGCCGAUUAACAAUAGGAAAAUAGUCCUACGACAAAUAGCCCGCCUUUUGACAUAUGAACACAUAACUAAACUACCACACAGCUCACCAAAAACAUAAAAUAAAUUCGGAAAGUAUAGCACCAAAGCUGAAAUUUCAAGGAGAUGCUGCUCAAAUUUCAUACUUGAUGUCAAACAACGACGACCCCAUAGCAACAACAACAACAACAGCAGAAAGAGAAGGAAAAGGAACAACUGGAAUAACUGUAAGCUAGCGAACAGAGGGAGAGAGGCAAUCUCUGUACACACACCUGUCGUCCAGCGGGGGAAAGAGCAAAAGAGAGCGACGGAUCUCCCGUGUGUGUUGUUCGCAUGCGCGACAUGCGCGGACGCUAAGUGAGUGUGAGUGAGUGCGCGAAUGCGUGUGAGUGUGGGCGGUGAGGAUAAUUCGCUCAAUUCGCACGCAUCCCACAGAUCCUGCAGAUCCUCCAGUUUGUUCGUCAAACAGAGUCAGCAUUUCGGAUCAAACCAGUUGCCUGUCAGCAACAUUAACAGCCUCAACGUUGGAAAAAAAAAAACAAAAGCAGCAGCGGCAGUCGAUAAAAAAAUCAUUAUCAAAAUUACGGAAAAGCGAUCAAAAUUCAAGCGAGAUUAGCUAGGCGAAAUGCAGCGACGAGAACGGCAAGCAAGUGGCGGUGGCCCACAAACGACAACUGCCGGUCCAUCCGCUGGUAAUGUGGCAAAUGCCACCACAGCCCUAGCCGGUGGUAAAAGCUCAAGCAAUAACAUGUAUUCCACCCGCCAAUCUGUAAGCACCACGACCGGUGUACUUAUGGUCGGACCAAAUUUUCGUGUCGGUAAAAAAAUUGGCUGUGGUAAUUUUGGCGAAUUGCGUUUAGGCAAAAACCUUUACAACAAUGAACAUGUAGCAAUAAAAAUGGAGCCUAUGAAGUCAAAGGCUCCGCAACUACACUUAGAGUAUAGGUUUUAUAAACUAUUAGGAUCACAUGCCGAUAACGCCCCAGAUGGCAUACCACGCAUUUAUCAUUUGGGCACUUGCGGUGGCCGUUACAAUGCCAUGGUUUUAGAGUUAUUGGGAUUAUCAUUAGAAGAUCUCUUCAAUAUUUGCGCCCGUAAAUUUUCACUUAAGACUGUAUUGAUGAUAGCGAAACAACUUCUCCACCGGAUCGAAUAUGUUCAUAGUCGGCACUUAAUAUAUAGGGAUGUGAAACCAGAGAACUUUCUCAUUGGCAGAACGUCAACAAAACGUGAAAAAAUUAUACAUAUAAUUGAUUUCGGUUUGGCCAAAGAAUACAUUGAUUUAGAUACAAAUAGGCAUAUACCAUAUCGGGAGCAUAAAUCCCUAACUGGAACGGCACGUUAUAUGUCAAUCAACACGCACAUGGGGCGUGAGCAGUCGCGACGCGAUGAUCUGGAGGCAUUGGGGCAUAUGUUUAUGUAUUUCUUAAGGGGUUCACUGCCGUGGCAAGGCCUAAAGGCUGAUACACUCAAGGAGAGAUAUCAAAAAAUCGGUGAUACGAAACGAGCAACGCCCAUCGAGGUGCUUUGUGAUGGACAUCCGGAAGAGUUUGCGACAUAUUUGCGUUAUGUACGGCGGUUAGAUUUUUUCGAAACUCCCGACUAUGAUUUUCUGCGAAGACUGUUUCAAGACUUAUUCGAUCGUAAGGGAUACACCGACGAGGGCGAGUUCGACUGGACAGGGAAGACAAUGUCAACGCCCGUCGGAUCUCUGCAAACUGGCCAUGAAGUCAUCAUUUCACCAAAUAAAGAUCGUCAUAAUGUUACGGCUAAGACAAAUGCCAAAGGAGGUGUUGCUGCGUGGCCUGAUGUGCCAAAGCCGGGGGCAACACUGGGCAAUCUAACGCCGGCCGAUCGGCAUGGUUCAGUACAGGUUGUGAGUUCGACGAAUGGCGAACUAAAUCCGGACGAUCCCACGGCCGGACACUCAAACACGCCCAUCACACAGCAGCCGGAAGUCGAAGUGGUCGAUGAAACAAAAUGUUGUUGUUUCUUUAAACGAAAGAAGAAGAAAUCGACGCGCCAAAAAUGACUAGACGGUGUACAAUGUAGUCCAGAACGCGAGGCAGUCACCCUGCUGCGUGCCACUUCACAUUCAAACUCACGGGAUAGCGUAUUGAAUAAUCCGAGUCAGGAUUAUAUCCAGCAGGCAACGUCGCAGCAUACGUUGCGUUAUCCUCCAUCCGCGUCGAUGUUGACGCCAACACCAACUACAAACACACCGACACUUCCGUUGUAAUUUAUAUAAAUAUAAAGCCAGAUGCAAAAUGCAGAAAGCAACAAAAAAAAUAUUAAACGAAACCCAACAAAACAAAAACAAAACAAAUGAACCCCGUACACAUUAAAUACACUAAAAAACAGUAAAAACAAACAAAAUGAAACCAAUUUUGAUUAAUUAUUGUAAUGAUUGUAUUUUAUUAUUAUUUUUAUUAUUUACCAAUUUUGCGUUUAUUAUAUAAAUUAUUAUAAUUAUUAAUUAUAUUAUUAAUUAAUGCUAUUAUAAAUAAAAAAGAAAAGAAAAUUCAAACGUAAUUCAAAACGACUAGAAACGACACGGCGACUCAAGCCAGAAUCACUCACAGCCAGGGCAGCUCCUCCCGUUGGUGUCUUGUGAAGGGAGUCGGAAUGAAAGCUCCCCAAAAUCACUACCACUAUCAAUACCCCUCAGAACCCUAUUGCUCUUAACUGAAGGAAACUUAAACACACAAACACCACUUAAAGCAUAUUUAUAUAUUAUAUACAUAUUAAAAGAGACAACAAACAAAACUAGUGCAGCAUCAUUUAAUGAGAGAAGGAAGAACAUAUUUAUACGCAACCAACAAACUUGUAAAUUAUAAUGAAAGAAAAGAAAGCGAAAAUAAACAUAAUUUUUUAAAACUAUCAACUUAAUAUAUGUAUGUAUGAAGCCAUAUGAAAACACCUUAGCCGUUAUACGUGUACCAUCGUCAGAUAAAUAGUCAGGCAUUAAAGGUCGUAUAUUGAAUUCAAUGCACUGUACAUGGAACUCGUAUACCACCUUUUGCCAUUUUCUAGCAUUCUUUUUCGAUUGACUUUUGUUUGGGAGCCUAAAAAUUAAUAGUUUCAGAGAAAUCCUAAAUUUUCGCUAGGGGAAAAAUAAAAAGCGAAAAUAUGGAAGUCUAUGUUGUGCACGCAAAAGAAAAAAAUAGUUAAUAUAAUUAUGCUUCCGUGCCGAACCAAAUAUUCUCGAAAAAUAUAUACAAAUUACCAUUCGAUUAAUGGACUUCCCAUUUAAAGAAAUUUAAUUUGCAGAGAAUAAAAAUGAUUUUGCUUGGUGGUAAGAUAUUUGGCUAAUUGGUUUUGUCUUCGGAUCCUGCAGGGUAUACUUGUUUGCCGAAUACAAAUACCAUAUAAAAAUGGUUUGUUGAUGUGAUAUAUUUUCAGUGUCCUAAACACAUAUUUUAAGUACUUAAACGAUCCAAUUUUAAAGUUUUCGCGAAUAAAAUGGUUUGAAAACGUUCUAAAUAACCCUGUCAAUCUAUUGUUAUUACCAAUCAUCUCGGAAAAUAAUGCCCGUUUAUUUAUUGAUCAAAACAUUCGCUAUUUGUCUGAUAAUGGCUAUAUGUAUAAAGCUAUAUGAUGUACUAGAUAUACAGUAUGAAUCAAUAGGCAGCUUGGUUUAGCUCUGUUUUGAAUGCACUUUUCUAUACCUAAUAUGUACAUAUAUAUACACAAGUAUUUUGAUAUAUAUACACGUCUAUGUAUCGGAUAAAUCAAAAUGUAGAAAUCGCUUUUGGUAUUUGGUAGUCGAAUUAAUUUGGAGCAUUUAAUUUUGGAUCGUUUCUUAGAUAAUUCCUUGUUUAUGAUGUGCGAAGUUAGCGGAAUAAAUUGUUAGGAAACUUACCAAGUUUCCGCAAAGAUCAAUCACUUGAUAGGUAAAUACUAAUGUACUGAGCCAUUUCUUUGAUAUUACGUGAUAUGAGUACUAAACUACUAAAAAGUUGCCUGCAGCUAAUACCCACUUCCCAAAAACACACAUCUCCGACUCUGAACGAAUUUGAUUUUUACCUACACUUCUCCAUGAAACGCGAAAAGUAAAGCUAAAAUCAAUAAAUUGUAUGUGGAAAUAUAUAUUUUAAACAAAUUUUUUAUACUUAUUACAAAUAUACAUAUAACGAGGAAAACCAAUAUAGCAUUAACUAUACAAGGACAAUGCAAAUUUUUCGUGUUGUUUUGCAGUCUUUUAAGUAUAUAAAAGCAGGAAAAACAUUGAAAACCAGUAAAUCAAAUUUCAUAAUUUACAUGAAUAACAUUGCAUAAACAAUUAACCAAAAUUUCCUGUAUAGUUAAAAAACUCAUUUGUAUUAUAUAUGAAAUAUUAAAGAUACACAAACAAAUUACGCUAAAAUUAAUAUUUCUAUGACGAAAAUGGAAUCCGGAGAACAAGAAAACCGCACUAGUUUAUAUAAAGUAAAUUAUAAAAAAUAUACAUACAUAAUUGACUUUAAAUGUUGAAAAACAAAACCAAAACCAAAUGAAAAAUAACCCAUGCAUUGAUUAAUGUAUUCAAGAACGGAAAUUUACAUAUUUACGACUCAAAAAGGACAGAGUGCGGAGCAGAUCAAAGAUAACAAAAAGCGUUUAAUGGUUGGCAAGCAAGCAGUGCACGCAGGCCUUUUGCUAUUUGCAGGUAUAGCAGUUAACAUUGUUAACUGCGGCAAAGCAGUUUUAACACUAAAGUAAAGCGAAACAAUUUAAUUAUAAUAGAGCUAAAUAAUAAUAAAAAGAAAGCGAGCGAAGACGUACUCAGAAAUAUUUUCCAACAGGAAUGUUGUAGGCAUUAUAUCGUUUGCGAACGCGAAUAAAGUAAAAUAACAACAGAAUUAUUGUGUAAAAAUGGUUUAUUAUUAAUGUAUAAGUAUAACAGCAAACACAAAUGGUAACUUAAAACAAUGUAAGCAAACCAAG